CGCGAACGCGCCUGUGCUGUGCUUUGUUUUUUUUAAUUUAUUUUUUUUAAGUGUUGUGCCGCACGGAUACCAUGAGGUUGACUUUUUGGGUCACAGCUUUGGCUGUGCUCAGCCUUACACACGCAAAAAAUUCGACAGCGAAAGCAAAACCGAAACGACAGUUGGAGAGCAUACGAACGCCUCAGAAUCUGCAAUACUCAUUAGUUCUGCCCCAUUCAAGAGUCACGCACUUCAGAUCACUCACCAGUUCUCGACGAAUCUCUCAUAUCCCUUCGAAAGGCGGCAAAUUGCCACCAUAUGCCGUACAAAUGGAACCGGUAGUUCAGUACUCCCAAAAAGAUCCUCUAUAUGAUCCAAAUUUAGAAAACUUGGAAGAUGCUGGUGUAAACAAGAAUGAAAUUUAUGCUCAACCUAAAAUUCUUAAUGUACAUGAUUCAUCAGAUAGUACAUAUAGCCCUUCCUAUGGUGCCCUGCCAACUGCUCCUCUGUAUAGUCAAGAUGCUCAUCCUCAUUAUUAUGAAUCACCAGAGCCUAUCAUUGAAAUCAUUAUUAAAGAAUCAAACGAAUCUCUUCCAGCACCCCCUCCUCAAAUAAUACCUAAAAAGAAGAAGGAACCGGUUCAAGUAUUUUAUGUCAAAUACAGUAAAGAUCCAUAUUCUAAAGACAAGGUUGUAUAUGAAAAACCUAUUCCCGCAAUUACUCCACCAACCAACGAUGAAGAUGAACAUCAUGAAGAGUAUGUUACAGUUACACCACAACCUGCUUAUGGUCCAAUACAGACAACAACUCUGAGAGCAAUCAUAAAACCCGAAUCAGAAGUUUAUCACAGUGACAGCAGUGUUAAAAUUACUUUUGGAAAUGAAGGUCGCCAUUACAGUGAUAGACGAGAAUCUAAUACAGAAAGUCAUGAAGCGACUGCACCAAGACCGGCAAUUGCUUUUCCAAACCAACCACCGAGCCAUAUACCUCUUGAACGUUCUGUGUCACCUAAACCUCAACCUCAUCAUGAAGCCUCAACAAGAGGUUUCUCAAAUUCUCAAGCUUAUAAGCCUGUUUCACAACAUGCCCAAAGUCGUAUUCAGUUUCAGCCACAAUAUUUAACAAAUGAACAGCAACUUCCCCGACAAGGUCCGUCGCUAUCACCAUUCAGAGUUCAGUCGAACAUCAAUCGUCAAAACUCAUUUGGACCAACGCCACCAUUUAGCCCAAGUCCUAGUCCUCAUACAGCUUUUGCCAACAGUCCAGGACCAAUACCUCAUUUCAGUAAUAUUGCUCCCACCGUAGCCUCCCCAAUUGGUCCCGCUUUCUCUACUUCUUUCCCCAGACCUAAUAAUAAUCCGUCAUUCCAUGUUCGUCCAAGCCCUCCAUCGUUCAAUUCAAGACCUCACUUUAAUGGACCACCAAGACCAGCUUUCCACAGUGGACCUCAAAGACCAUUCCAGCAGCCACAUACACAAUCUAGGCCAUUCUUUGAUGAACCUAAAUAUUUACAGGAAAAUUAUCACACUAUAACUUCCGACCAAGUAGAUCCCCCAAAAGAACAAUUAUUGCCCAACAGACAAUCUCAAAACUUUAAUUUCAUUCAACCUAGUCCAAGCCCUACACCCGCACAGUUCCAGGAGCAUUCUAGUCGUCCUCAAAUAAUUCCACAGAGUCAACAGUUACCACAGCAAAGACCACCUCAACAUUUUGUUGACAUUCACAACAAACCUUCGUUUUCCAUAUCACCAAGUAGACCUCCAUUUUUCAACUUGAAACCAUCGCCUCCUCAAAUAGAAGACAACCGACCACCAUUCCAACAAUUUAAACCCCAGCAACAACAGCCUCAACCACAGCAAUUUAGUUUCCACCAAGGUGCUCAAAUAUUAUCACAACCAACCUCUGGAAACUCUGUCCAUCAUCAACACACAUUUUCAAGUCCCUCACCUUCGCCUAUACCUCAAAACCAAUUUCUUCCUCAACCGUCUGCGUCGCCUACACUAUUUAAUUUCCAUCCACAACCGUCACCAUCUCCAGAGCAACAUCAUUUCCAUCAACAAAACUCGCCAUCGGAAAGACCUCAGAUCCCGCAAUCUCACGGACCCUCCGAAAGACCAUUCCUACCUCAGCAAAAUAAUUUCCAACCUCAAGCUAACUUACAACAUCAACAGAAUAUACAACAGUUUGUACCUAAUGGUGGAGAGUUAGUAGCAUCUAUUCCUAAGUAUGAACAACAUAUUACUGUUAAUAGUCCCAAUACCCAACCGAAUUAUAGUGCCUUAAGCGAAUCUGUAAAACCUACGCCAACUGCCAGUCCAACUGAACAAUACCAACAGCAGCAACAGCAACAGCAACAACAACUUUAUGAAUCAGAACAGGAACAAGUAAGAUUGCAACUAGCAGAAAAUGUAAAGAAACAACAAGAAGAAAUUCAAAGGUUACAAACUCAAUUAUUGCUUGCACAACAACAACAACAGCAACAGCAGCAUCAACAUCUACAACAACAGCACCUACAGCAAAAUCAGCAAUUACAACAACAAGAACAGCAACAAAGCAAGCAGUAUGAACAAACCUAUAAAGUUCAAAAUAAUUAUAACCAACAACCAAUACAAGUUACUUCACCAAAAUCCCAAUAUGUACAAGAAAGGUCACGGGAACAGUCUAAUUAUGUAUCUAGUACCCAAGCUCCAGCUUAUUACCAAUCUACAUCAAGGACCGUAGAAAUAAAGCCUACUACACAAAAGUAUUUAUCAUCUACCCGUAACUCUAUUAGCACAACGCCUGAACCAAAGAAGGAAGAGAAAAAGAAGAAGCCACAAAUUGUACUUCCUGAUGAGGUUCCAGACGAUUUACGUCAACAAUUAUUGUCCUCAGGCAUCUUAGACAAUGCUGAUAUCAGUGUUUUGGACUAUGACAAAGUAGGGGAAACGCCAUUAGAAUCACUACCACCAGAUCAAUUGGCAAACUUUUUCAGUGCAGGUGGAGCUCAACAAAUUGCAGCUAGUGAACACAGACCUAUUGUUGUAAAACCGAAUGGUGAACAAAUUGAAUCAAGAAUAGAUGACGAUGUUGACGACCAAGAAAUUGCUGCUUCAGAAAACGUUGCUACAUACGCUCUCCCACCACCAUCAAAAAAACAAGCUGUGGAAAUGAAAGUUGUACAUUUUGAUCCAAAAACAGCUGAAGGACAAAAUAUCGCAAAGGAAUACGUAAAAGAAGAUGCCACCCGACUAGAUCCUGUUGCUUUGAAUGAUAAAAAAUACAACAGGUAUUUACCAUUAAAAGUAAGUGGCAACCAGUUUCCUCUGCCAGAUAUUCUAAAAGGAAGAAAAAUAACAUCAGUUGUUGUUUUGGCACCUGUAGAAACAGAGGAUCUUGGUGGUGACCACACAAGAUCUGAGCGGGCUGCGAGUAAUGGUUUAAGAGGGAUAAAGUUUGUUGCUGGGGACAGUUUGCAAGAUUUGCUCAAACGGCCUACCAAAGACAACUUUGAGAAAUGGUUGGAAGUUGAAAAAAGAACAAACACAGACCAACAGUCUGUCAUCCUUCUUGUGACCGGGAAUGACAAGACAUCGGGAGACAGGGAAAUUUUUAUGUACGAUAUCUCAUCGGGUAAUGUCAACAAAUUGAAUGGAGACCUUUCAAGUGCUUUUGUGGACGCUGCAGAAAAUAACUCAAUUAGCAAAGACAUUGAAAAACUAGCUAUAGAAGGGGAUGGCACCCCAGAGGAAUUCGGAAAGGGAGACGACGAGGUAGCCGACGGUUCAGAGAACGUGCCAUUAUUAGUAGAUUUAUCUGGUUUGAGUUUAGAUCAAGAAAAUAGUAAUCAAGUAUCAAUUUCGUCAGGUUAUAGUAAAACGAAACAUGGCCGAUCGAUACGAAGACACUGAUAUUUCUGACGCCGCACGGCGCAGGACCCUUGUAAAUAGUCUAGUUUUAGUAUUACUAAAUUAAAAUGGCGGCAUGUUGUUGCCUAGUCGAUUGUAAAAGUGAUAAUCAGGUUGUACAA